AUGGUCCCCGUCCUCGCUCCACACGUGGUGUCAAUGAGCAAACUCGUCAACUCGGACGUCGCCCGCUUGGAACCAAAGGACGAGAUCUUCAGGAAGUUCGGCAACGACAACCGCAGAGCAUACGAUGCCCUCCUGGCAACCUGCCGCCUAGGAUUGUCCAGAGUCCUGGCCAUGGCAAACAAGGACAAGGACCACCGCCUCUACACGUCCAUUGUCGAGAACGUCGUUACAGCUCAAGGCAAGCCGAUGAUCGUCUUCGAGCUUUCUAAUCUCAGCGGACCAAGUCGCCUCUCCCAGUGGGCCCGCGCAACGCCCAUCAGCGUACAGGUGAACGGCGACCGGUCGCUAGCCAUGGAGGUGGAUAGCGCCAGCCUGGGUAGCAACCGACUCGUCGUCACCGCCCGCUCCAACUCUGGCGCGAAGGAACAGUUGCAGUUUGUUCGCACUCUGAAAGGCGUCAGCAUCAACGUGUCACAGCCGAUCGAAGACAACGCAUACCUCUUGAAGGACUUCCCAUGCGCAGGUGCGUACGACAAGAUCAGCUCGCACGCCCCCGUCAAGAUACUGCUCGAGACGGCCCUCGGAGGACCACCCUUGCGCACACUCAGCAUCCCGGAUCGCAACGUGGAACUCGACAUGGGAACGCUCGUUCCAACAGCUGAACAAGCGCGGAGCAAGAGUGGCGGAAGACGGAUGAGGGUUGUGGCGGCAUCGAACUUGGCGCACCAGCUGGAGACGGCUGCCGUAUCGACAGAGUCCUGUGAGGGGUUCUUGGGGUCAUCAGGCAAGCGCUCAAUGACCUGAAAGGAUUCGGUACACUGGUAAAUUUUAAAUCUUUGAAUCCAAAUAGAACACAUUUUUCAGACACCGAUUCUGUAAUGUACAAAGUCCAGAGCUGCACAAAGGAUCUGUUGGAAGAUGAGAUGGGACCGUUUUUGGGACAAGUCACGAGUGAGCUGAAAGGGAACCAUGACGAAAUUCGUAGCGACCGCUGGAAAAUCGUAUGGAUACAAAGAAUUACUGCCCAAUGGAGAGGAACAGGUAAUUGUAAAACUCUGAAACUGAAUAAAUCUCAUCUUUCAGACCAAAAUCAAGUCGAAAGGAAUCACGCUAAACUCCGAGGCAGCCAAGAUUGUGACAAUGGAGCGGAUGGAGGCAAUUGA